AUGGACAUCCUUGAAUGUUCCCUGCUAAACGGGAAAUGGGACUCCAAACUCGAUACAGAGCUGGAGUCGCGUCCUGCAAUUGCAAUGCUCGCAAAGGAUGUCAUCGAUGGUAAAUUUCGGGAAGUGCUAACCUCACUUUGGGCCCGAGCAUUUUUCAGGGCAUCUGGGUUGCAGGAUAACAGCUAUGAAGAAUCUUUCUCUUGGCAGUCACCAUCUGUGACAGAUGAAGCAGAAAAAGAACUCAUCCAGGUCGUUCUGGCUGUCGCAUCUUUACAUGCUUUCAUCCAAGCAAACUGGACUGGUCCGGACCUCGAUAUCAACCCAUCGGAAGUGAUCGUUGACGUGAUGAACCCAACCUUGAUUUCUGAUGAGGCCCUCGAUAUGAAGGCGGUGUCCGAGCUUGCUUACGGCGGUGAGCCUGCUUACCACCUCGCACAACAUGCCACCUUUUUGCGUCUCGCCCAACUCAUUUUCGCCUUGCCAUAUCGUCACUGUAUAUCCGUUUGUUGGUGGCGGUUACGUACAAUGAUCAUCCACGAGCAGUUAUUGGACGAGGCAGUGCCUCUUCCAACAGACGCCCAUGAUUCAUUGGGGUCUCUAUUGCAAACCCUUACGGGAGAUACAGGGGAUCGCGAUCUUGCUGGCCGUCUGCAGUUAGAACAGGGUCGACUUGAACAUAUUUUUUGCCAUGACAAAGCCGCUUCCGAUCGUUUUGUUCAAGCGGCACGUGCUACGGGAUUACAGUAUGAACUCACGGGAGCUCUUGGGAGACGAACAAAGUUUCAACAAAAUGAUCUUAGCCAAUUGGUGCUACUCGCAGAGAGUCGGAAAAGGAAUGGCUCCCCCGCCGAAGCCAUACCCGAUGAUCUUGUUGAUCAAUCGUGUACGCCUGAUGACAUAUCCAACAUGACAUAUUUCAAUCUUCCUGUUACCUUGGGAUUGAAUGACGACACGCUUCUUGAGCAGACUAUAUUCACAUCAUCUGCUCCCUCAUCCACAACAAGUCAGCUGAGCCAUCUAGAUCCCGUUUCACAACCCCCUUUACACCCGCUCGAUCAGUGUAUACUUCUGUCGCUUUGCCUCAAUGUACGGAAUACGUCUCCUUCGCACGGCCUCACAAGCGAACAGAUGUCCCCUUAUGUCGCUCGUGUCAUAUCGCAUCCAAAGAACUGGUCAGUUCACACUAUGGCUCUGCUUCUGCGGUCCCGUCUAGAGUCUGGACGUACACGGACUGUUGAGCGUUCAGUGCUCCAGCUCCAAGCCCUCGUAGACCAGAUGCCAACCGCUGAUUCCCCCCUACCGGAACGGCUGCUUUACUUUCAUUCAAUACCGCUUCCAAGCAAGUGGGAAAUGGAACGCGAGCUGGCAUUACGUUUCCUCACUCUAGGGGUGGUAAAGUCAGCCUUAGAAAUCUUUGAACGCCUUGAGAUGUGGGAGGAGGUGGUUAAAUGCUGGCAAUCUAUGGAGAUGACGGACAAAGCAAUUGCCAUUGUCCGCGAUUUACUUGAAGGACGCAAAGAGGAAGCAGAGAGUGUGAUUUUGCGGGGUAAAGAUUUACCUUCGCCGCGGCGCGGCAAACUAGAUUCGGCACGACAGGCAAAGCUGUGGUGCCUCUUAGGAGAUCUGGAACCGGAUAAUGCAGUGGGGCAUUAUGAGCGUGCAUGGGCGCUGUCAAAGGAGACUUCCGCCCGUGCAAUGCGGUCUCUUGGAGGCUACUACUUCGCACGCGGAGAAUUCCAGAAGGCCAUUUCCUGUUUGCAGCGUGCGGUGAAAAUCAAUCCGUUGUUAUCCCGUUCUUGGUUUAUCCUAGGGUGUACCUAUAUUCGUCUCGAAAAUUGGGAGGGGGCCCGAGAUUCAUUUAGUCGAUGUGUUUCUAUCGACGAUGAAGACGGAGAGAGCUGGAAUAAUUUGGCUAGCAUGUACCUCCGUUUGGAUUCUUCCCAGAAUAUCCUCGAAUCGGAUGUGAGUGGGGAAAACCAGCCUAGCAAAGCCAAAUCUUUCUCAAACAGGAUGCUGGCUUUCCGUGCAUUAAAACAGGGCUUAAAAUACAGCUACGACAAUUGGCGCAUGUGGACAAAUUACAUGAUUGUCGCCAUGGAUGUUGGGGAGUUAUCAGAGGCAUGCCGUGCACUAACGCGUAUUGUUGAAGAACGGAGUGCAAAAACCGGUGCAGAAUGUGUCGACGAAGAAGUUCUUGAGCGCUUGGUAAAUGCCGUUACCAGGGUGCCGGCUGGCCUCGAUCAGUCAGCUGGGGAUGAAGAUAGGAGACGGGAUGCUGUAAAUAAUCCUAACGAGGGCCACGGGCUGCUCAGGAGGGUACUGGACCUUUUUGACCGAACCAUUCUUCCCCGCGUAUCUUCACCUCGCAUCUUCCGCGCCUACGCACGUCUUCUGACUUUUCAAUCACGAUGGGAAGAUGCAUUGAAAGCCUACCUGGAUUGGUAUCGCUGUAGCGUGGCCGGAACGUUCGAGAAAGGAGAGACUGACGCUGAGAAGUGGCGAGAAGCUGUAAAUGAAGUCGAGGACGUGGUGGAUGUACUGAAAAAUUUUGGGCCGCGGGUACAAGGCACCAACUGGAGACACCAGGCGCGUAGUAUCGUUCGGACGUUCAUGGGACGCUCCAAAGACUUCGACGACCAGGCAGAGUGGUCACGCCUUGUAGAGUUUCAAAGCGAGCUGCGUACUGAAGAGUAG